AUGACUACCGCACCACACAUGCCGGCCAAGGCGCACAGCUCCGAGGAUGUGCACCAUCGGCCAAAAGGUAUCCUCAAGAACUCCAACUCUUUCCAAGGCGCCGCCGCUCCGAUGGCACCCAUUUCCCCACCCUCCGUUCCAGCCAUCCCCGAGCCCGAGGAGACCAAGGAAAUCACCAUCCAGAACACCCUACAGAACGCAGGCCGUCGACGAUCCUCAUCCACCACCCGCCGGGGCUCUAACUCGCGCCGACAGUCGUUAGCUAGCGCCUAUGACGAAAAUGAGCCGCGUUUAAAAUGGGACGAAGCAAACCUGUACCUGGCCGAGCAGGAGAAGACGGCGAAGAUGAAGAUCGACGAACCCAAGACUCCUUACGCGCCCCACUACGACCCCAGCGAAGAUGAUGAGCAGAUACGGCUCGACGAGGCACAGGAAAGCUUAAUCGAUGCGCAGGGCAUUGUCGUCGAUGAGCUGGACAAGUCGGCGAAACCCACCCAGCACCGGAAGGGUGUGUCAGAGGAUGAAAUACCUGACCUGGAGCUCGGCGAACCUGAGGAAAACAUGCAGGACAUCCCUAAGGACGACCCUCGUGUCUUCCGUGACCGAAGCAUGAGCACAGACUCGCACAAGAGCGAGAAACAUGUUCAUGUCGGAGUGGAGGAUGUAAAUGGCGCCGAGGCGCCUGAGCAUGACCCGCUCUUGACGACUGAAGAGGCUCGCGCGAAGCACGCUCAUUUCGAGCAGCAGCGUAAGAGGCAUUAUGAGAUGAGGAAUAUCAAGGAGCUACUUGCCCAUCCCGAGGAUUUGGAUGAGGAGAUGGAAGAUACCGACGAGUCGGAGCAUGGUCACCCGCCCUCUAUGCCUCAAAUGCCUGAGCGGUUCCGCAACAACGCACUAUAG